AUGGCGGAAGACCUGGCUUGUCUGUUGGAUGUUCGCAGGACAAUCCUCAGCCCAUUGGAAGGCGUUUGCGUGCAGCUUGGAACGCUUCGAUCACGGCGAGUUCUUCAUUCAGCCCUUGCACGACUGAUGUUGCAUGUGGACCAUUUUAUCGAAAGUCUGGUGCAAUUCCACCAAAUAUUCGAAGGACGACUCUUCGAUCAACUGAGGAAUCAGGAGGCACGCUCUGCAGAUGCCUUCGCUCAGCGGCCGGAGGUGCAAAGGAGCUACCGCCGCUACUAUCAGCGGGCGCUGACUCUUCGACGUGAGAUUGCAAAGAAGGCGCAGAUGCUGUCAGAGGCGAUGCCGCUGCAAUCCAGCGAGGACGAGCAGUGCAGCAUCGACAAGCUCAAGAGCUCCAUGAAUGCCCUGGCAAAUGCUCUCAGCACCGGGCCAAAUCAGCUUCUUGCCUUAGCAGAUGCUCGACAUGCCUUGGCCGUGACUGACGGGCAUCGAAUCCCUGUCACCUUCGGCCACGAGACGGACCACAACCUCAACCACUCGCGAGUUACAAGUCCGAACUUAAGGCGUCAAACGAUCAACAGCGUGAGCCCGGUGCUUGUUGACUGA